AUGGCUGACGAGGCUCAUUUCGAUGUUGAGGACAAGAUGCAGAAUAGACCCCCAAGAUCAAGAGGUGACAGGGGACGAGGGAAAGGCGGUGGUGGACAUGGAAGAGAGGUCCAGGUGUCGAAGGCCUUAUCCAAGCUCUUGAGACAUCAAGCAGCUAAUGCUGGCAUUCAACUCGACGAUGAAGGCUAUGCGCCCUUGGAUGCUGUGCUUGCCUGGGGCCCUUUGCGAUCUUUAAAGGUCACGUUUGACGACAUCCAGUCCAUUGUCACUUCCAACGACAAGCAACGGUUUACACUCAAGCCCAACCCCGUCAAGAACCCUUCCCUAGACACCAAAUCCACUACACCAGCCGAUUAUCUCAUCCGUGCCAACCAAGGUCACUCCAUUAAGCUUGAGUCAGCAGCUCUUUUGGCCCCCAUUACACUAGAGGGCGAUAACGUCCCGGAGCGAGUCCUUCACGGAUCCUUCUUUUACUUCUGGCCACGCAUCGUCGAGUCCGGCGGCCUCAAACCCAUGAGUCGUAAUCAUGUCCACUGCUCAACUGGAACGCCCGAGGAAGGCGUUGUCAGCGGGAUGCGUAAGGAUGCAGAGCUGAUUAUCGAGAUCGAUGUUGAAGCAAGCUUGAAGGAUGGCGUGAAGUGGUGGCUGAGUGACAAUGGAGUUUUGCUGACGGAAGGCGACGAGCAGGGGGUUUUGAGCACCAAGUACUUCAAGUUGGUGACAGGCCGCAAGGUUGAUGUUGGGGUACUGUGGCAAGACGGUCAGUGGAUUUCUGAUCUGCCAGCUGGCUUGAAGAUAAGUCCUCCGCCUGGAAAGGGUCCUCGACAGGGUGGAGGAAGAGGGGGAAGGGGUGGUAGACGCUGA